AUGGUACGAGUAACAAUUAAAGGUGGUGUUUGGCGUAAUACAGAGGAUGAAAUUCUCAAAGCAGCUGUUAUGAAAUAUGGCAAAAAUCAAUGGUCACGUAUUGCUUCUCUACUUCAUAGAAAGUCAUCUAAACAAUGUAAAGCUCGUUGGUUCGAAUGGUUAGAUCCUUCGAUUAAAAAAACAGAAUGGUCACGUGAUGAAGAUGAAAAAUUAUUGCAUAUGGCAAAAUUAAUGCCAACACAAUGGAGAACUAUAGCUCCAAUUGUUCAACGUACAGCUGCUCAAUGUCUUGAACGUUAUGAAUUUUUACUUGAUCAAGCACAACGCCGUCGUGAAGGUCUUGAUGAUACAACUGAUGAUCCACGUACAUUACGUCCCGGUGAAAUUGAUCCAAAUCCAGAAAAUAAACCAGCAAGACCUGAUCCUAUUGAUAUGGAUGAGGAUGAAUUAGAAAUGCUUUCAGAAGCUCGUGCUCGUCUAGCAAAUACGCAAGGUAAAAAAGCCAAACGUAAAGCACGUGAAAAACAACUUGAAGAAGCACGACGUUUAGCAUCAUUACAAAAACGUCGUGAAUUACGUGCAGCUGGUAUUGAAGUACGUCGUUAUUUUAAUAGAAAACGUGGUGUUGAUUAUAAUGCGGAAAUUCCAUUUGAAAAACGACCAGCUAUUGGUUUUUAUGAUACAACAAAUGAACCAUUUGAUCCAGACAAAAUUGAUUUUAAACGUUUACAUGUUGAUAAUAAAAAUUUAGCUGCUAAAGAAGAAAAUGAAAAAGGCGAAAGAAAAAAAGAUAAUGCUAAAUUAAAACGUAAAAAAGAAGAUGAUUUACCAGCAGUUAUUAUGAAUGAAAAUCGUCUUGAACCCAUAAAAAAACGUUCAAAAUUAGUUUUACCAGCUCCACAAAUAAGUGAUUUGGAAUUAGAACAAGUUGUUAAAUUAGGACAAGCAACUGAAAUGGCUAAACAACAAGUUUCAGAAAAUGGUACAAUAGCAACAGAAACAUUAUUAGGUGAUUAUAAUUUAACACCAGAUUUAAAUAAAAUUCGUACACCACAAUUGCCAUCAGUACAAGAUAGUGUACUUAAUCAAGCACAUAAUCUUAAUAUAUUAUCAACUGUUCAAACACCAUUGUUAGGUGGAUCAAAUACACCAUUAAUGGAUGUUAGUAAUGAAAAAUUACGAGGAGGAGCUGGUUUAAUUAUGGCAACACCAAAUACUCUAUUUAAUACACCUUUUCGUACACCAACAAAUACAACAACUGAUAGUGUAACACCACUAACACAUGGACAAACAGCAGAUUUUAAUUCAGGUAUAACACCUGUACGUGAUCGAUUAAAUAUCAAUAGAGAAGAUAUGGUAUUCGAUGAUCAAUUAAAACAGCGUGAAAUAAAACAACAAUUACGACAUAAUCUAUCGCGUUUACCAAAACCGAAAAAUGAUUAUGAAAUUGUUUUACCUGAUUCAACUGAUCAGGUAAAUGAUGAUGAUAAAAUGGAUACGUUAAAUAUUAAUGAUGAAGAUCAAGCUGAUAUUGAUCAACGUAGACGUGAUGAAAAACGACGUAAAGAACAAGAACUUUUUAAACGUCAAACACAAGUUGUUCAACGAGAUUUACCUCGUCCAAAUGAUAUUAAUCUAACAAUACUUCGUCCAACAAAUGCUGAAGGUCCAAUGACUGAUUUACAAAAAGCUGAAGAAUUAAUAAAACAAGAAAUGCUUGUUCUUCUUCAUUAUGAUGCAACCAAUAAUCCACCAUCAAAUACGUCGUUUAAUCGAAAUAAAGAUUUUUCUACUUAUCUUGAUACACAUCCAUAUGAACAAUUUACAGAUGAAGAUCUUGCUACAGCUCGUGCAUUACUUGAAUCGGAAGUCAAUGUUGUUAAAAAAACUAUGGGUCGUGGGGAUAUAAAUCUUGAUGUUUAUUCAAAAGUAUGGGAUGAAUGUUAUUCUCAAGUAUUAUUUUUACCAUCAGAAAAUCGUUUUAUUCGAGCUACUGCAACUACUAAGAAGAAAGAUCGAAUUGAAUCAGCUGAACAAAAACUUGAACUUAAUCGCAAUUUAAUGGCUCUUGAAGCAAAACGAGCAGCUAAACUUGAAAAAAAACUCAAAACAUUACUUGGUGGUUAUCAAUCUCGUGGCCAAGCACUUGUUAAAGCAUUAAAUGAUAUCUAUGAACAAAUUGAUCAAACACAAGUUGAAGCUAAAACAUUUGAAUUACUUCGUCAAAAUGAAGUAUUAGCAAUUCCAAAACGUAUUGAAUCUUUUACCGAAGAUGUUGCACGACAAGAUGAUCGUGAACGUGAACUUCAACGACGUUAUCAAGAAUUAUAUGAAGAACAUACUAGUUUAUCAGAACAACAAUAA